AUCGUCUUCAAUCCAACCUCCAAGGUAGAAAAAAGUGUCUCAGACUUGGAUUCAAAUCGUCACGAAGAGAAUCCCCCGGAAUCAUAUGUUGACAAAUUUCAAAAGUUACACACCUUGAAUGACCAGCUCCCCCGUACAAACGUAAUUAUACUUACGUACAUGCGAAGCGGCUCGACUCUAACGGGAGAAAUAUUUGGUCAGCACCCGGAUGUAUUCUACGUUUUUGAACCAAUGCAUACUUUGAAAUGGGAAUUGUGGUCAAAAAGAACACGCCUGAGCUUUUUUGAUCAAACUUCAAGGGAAGUCAAAAGUGAAAAAGAUUUUGCAAACACAGCAAAAGACAUUGCCGACGGGUUUUUGAGGUGUCAUCCAACUAAGAUAGACAUUGCAACACUAAGUCAACAUCACUUAGGAAAAAGCAAAGAUACGAUACCUUACAAGAUGUGUCUAAAGUCAAAGCCCGGAGUCCUGAAAAUGUUAGACUGCUUACCAAUUCUUCAAAAGCAAUGCUUGGACUCAAACGUAUCUGUUAUCAAAACAAUACGUUUCCCAAUGGAAGCAGUGGAGACAAUGAUGAAAUCAAAUCCAUCAUUAAAAGUCAUACACUUGGUGAGAGACCCACGGCCCACCAUCAAGUCUCAGAUAUCAUUCGGGCGUGACACUUGGAGCAACCUUGAUCCGUACUCCAAGGAGCACUGCUUGAGGGUACAGAAAGACCUGCAGGUUACCAAGCGACUGAUGGAAUCUCACCCUGACAAAACUAAAUUGCUCUUGUAUGAGGAUUUAGUAGUCCACCCUUCUCGAAUUGCGCAGGAUCUGUUUUCAUUUGUAGGUCUGGCUUAUACACGUGAGACGGAACGAUUCGUUCAAUCCAAGACGAACGGCACAGUGGACGAACACUGUGUUUUGUGCACUCAGAGGCUAAACUCAUCACUUUCGGCUCUGCAGUGGCGAAAAGAACUUGACUUCAAUAGAGCUCAGGUCAUAGACGCUAAUUGUAAAGCAGUAUACCAAAUGUUAGGUUAUUUGCCAGUAAAUACUGCAACUGAACUCAAAGACUUGUCAAAAAGUUUGAAAAUCGAAAGGAACUUAUAAAGGUACAUGUUUUAUACAGUGAAACAUCAAACAUCAAACGAUAUGAUUAGGACCCUGUUUUAACCCACUUGAAAUGUCGUUUUAUCGUUGCGGAAAUUGGCAUGAAAAUUAUUGGACACGAUCAUUUCGCUGGCAAUUGGCCCCUAUUCUUUAAUUAUAGUGGUAGAUUUAGACUUCCGACAUGAUCAAAUAUAUAAGGAUCAUGCCAAAUAUACGUGAAAAAAUCCAUGCUCAUCUCCAAAUAUUAGAAAAGUGCCUCCUGAAAACCUCUAACAUCAGCCUGUUUCACCAAAGCCUAUGUUUUUAGUGUUCGCAUAAGUUCCAAAUAUGUUGAUCACCACUCAGAUACAUUUAGGCAGUGUCAG